AUGCUGAAGCUCAAACUAUUCUCCCGAGACAAGGAGAAGCAGUCGCCGAAGAGCAGCCCGAGCUUGAAUCGCAAGGCGGAGCCGGUGGCUUCACCGAAGACAGAGGCAAAACUGAAGCAACCUACAGGGUUGAAGCCCCCGACUCGGAUCAUCACUCCAAAGAAGGAGGUUCCAAUCCCCAUCAAGCAGCGCGAGCCGAGCCAACAGCCAGUCACUCCCGAGAAGCGCUGCUCCAAGUCGUCGGAGGAGGACUCGGCGUACGCCGGAUUCGGCUCGACUUCUCCCACCUCAUCUACUUCACCCUCCAGUAGCAUGUCUCUACAAUCUGGUCCCACGCAGGUCUCGGCCACAACCAGCCAAGAGCUACACGAUACUCCCAAUGACGAUCAGCACGAAAAGGAGAAGCCGACGCUGGCCGUUCGGGGGAUAUCCGCCCCGAAGGGCCAGGUGAAGCCGAUUCAGAAUGAGGUGCCGUCGCCGGUUAGGGAGCCCUCCACUCAAAGCGCGCCCGUCCUGGUGCGCCAAAAAUCGCUUCAGAGCCCCACCGUCGGGGUAGUAAGCCCGAUGCUUGCCACCAGAAAACAUCAGCCGCAGGCUAUCGACCCGAUCCCUUCCACGAUUCUCCAAGAAAACGCGGAGAAGAAGAAGCCACCCGUUCCGGUCCGCGGCGAUUCGCAAUUGGAAGGACCGAUUCUUACGAAGGCCAACCCCGCUUCUCCGCAACCAGAGAAGCCCCGCUCGCCGCCUUCCUACGAGAAAUUGGUCACCCAAGGAAAAGUGGUGCCCGGACGAGGUAUCGCGGGCCCGUCACCCUCCGACGAUUCGCUCGACUCAAUUUCCACGACGAUCCGCGCUGUCCGGCCACCACCUGGCUCGAGUAGUCGGGCCCUGGCACGGGAAGGAGGAGGCGGAAGGCCUGGGUCGAGUAAAGAACCCGAAAACCCAGCUUCGAUUCCUGAGGGCGGUAUCGCGAUUUAUGCAAAGAUGCAGGCGAGGUGGAGGGAAUGCCGGGAGCGAGUAAAUGGAUACUACCAGGAUAGCUUCGAGGACAGCUCAUCCGUGUCGAGCGGCAUCUCCGAGAAUUUCGAGGACAUCUCCACGGACGACGUCUCGGCUAGCUCAUUGUCGGAUCACGCGAUGACCGCCGUCACGGCCGCCUACGGCAAACUUGGCGACUAUGGCCAUUUUGUGAGGAGCAGUGGGAAAGGUGGCAUCCGCUCAUCUUCAUCAGCUGUUGGAGAACGCCGACUUCACCACGACCAGAAUUCGAUCCAGCAGUUGUUGCAACAAUGCAAAACCAGCCAACGGGGAGCGGCUUGCCAGCCUCAGUUCCAGCAGUACAACACCAUCUCGGGCGUACCCCAUCUAUCAUUGUCCCCGGACGGUGAAACCCUGUCCGUACAGGCCCGUGCAUCACUCCGCAUCUCCCAGAAGCGACAGGAUCGGCAAGGUAUCCUCUCCAACGGCUAUCACUCGCUGGACCGGAAGUAUCAUCUGGGCGAUAUCUACGACAAGGGCUACAGGGAGGGAUCACCUCACGGCAUCAGCCACCUUGACCAGCGCGCGGCUAUGGCCUUGGUCUCGCCGCGAAGACAUCCACAGGACCAGUCUUCGCACAAUCGGCACAGCGUUUCCGACGGUCAUCGGAGCACCAACUUCAUCCACCUCAUCCUCACAGCAAAGAUCGGCUGCCAGAUCGGCACGUUCGAGCCCGAGAUCAGCGCGUCUACCCCUAUCCGUCGCCUCACCGCACAAGGCUCCCCCUCCCAUCGUGGUCUCGACAAAAACUCCGGUGAUUUCCGGGGUUCAACAAAUUCCGUGGCCUCCUCCACCGCCUACGGUAGCCUGUCCGAGCGCUAUGAGGCCGAGCUGAGGAAGUUGAACAGAGAAUUGGAAGGCUAUCGGCAGACCGUGAACAAGUUGGCGAAGAAGCACGAGGACUACGGGGUGAUGGCGGAUACUGUGGAUCAGCGACUGUCACAUAUGGCACAAAAGAUGGAAAAGGCACAGUUGAAGCCGGAUGAAGUCUCCAAGCUACGCAAAGAGAUUGACCAGGUCCGCAGCCUCAGCGCCCGAUUGGCUUCCGAAGCGAAGAAGGAAGGCGCCGGUGAACUGCUCCGUCAUCCCUCGAUGGAAAGCCUCGCCUCCCAUCGCUCUUCCAUGUCAUCAUCUUCAAAGAGUUCAAAGACCGACAAGAGCAGCUUGAACUCGUUUGGGACGAAGGCGAAGAAAAGCUGGAUCCGCAGCUCCUUCACGAAGGCGUUCACCCGGAAGAAGGGGAAGAACUUUGAGGAUGGCUCUCCGAUGCACCAGCUCCACCCGAUUUGUGCGUCGAAUCAAAACCUUGAAACCGCUGGUUCGGCUGCUGCUGUUAUCGAUCUGAAGAAGCAGCUCGAUGAUAAGGACCAUGUGUUGACAGAUUUCCGCCUCGAUGCCCUCGACAUGGAGCGCGAAGUCGACGUCCUCCGAGAAACAGUCUCCCGCCUCAAAAACGAAAACAAGCAACUCCGAGCGGACAUGACGAGGAUACUGUACACCGGCAGAUCCCACAACUCCUCCCACUCCUCGCUGAUGACCGCCGACGAUGAGCACCUCAUCUACGAAGUGCCACCAAGCGAUCGGAGCGCGAGUGGCAGUAGUAAACGCUCCUCCGGAUGCGGUAACGUGUCAAAGGUUGUCGUAAAUGUCGAUCUAUCGGGUUCAAUCCCAGCCGCUGUCUGCCCGGAGCACGAGAUCACGAUCGGAUAUCUUGGUUUGCCAGAUCACAACCAAGGAUGGGAAGCGGUUGAUGGGCAAAUCUACACCAUGUUUGAUGACUAUAUCACUCGCGUCGAUCCGGAACGUACCCUCGGUCUCAGCGGACAUGACAGCGUCAUCGGGUACUCCAUCGGAAAGUUUAGUCGAGAAAAAGGAGCCAAAGAAUCCUCUACCCGCCCCAGUGAAAUCGUCACCUCCUCAUCUACCGUCCGCCUUUUCCUGCGUGGCGCUUGCCAACAUUCAGUAGAUUCACUGGUCUUGGAGUCGCUCUUCCCGCGGGCGAUGCUCGACCAACUGGUCAAGUACGUCGUGCAGCAACGGCGGCUGGUGUUGUCGGGAGCUACUGGCCUCGGCAAGUCCAACCUAGCCCGCCAGCUCUGCUCAUACCUCAGCAUCCGUGCCGGCAAGACCCCCGACUCCGUGGUGGACAUUCGAGUGCCAGAAGAGGGCAAAGACAAGCUUGUCCAAGCCGAAAAAGACCUCGAAACCGCACUCCGCGGCCAACAAGACGCCGUUGUGCUCCUCGACAACAUCCCCAAAUCCAGGAUCUCGUUCGUCUCCUCGGUGUUCGACAGCUUGAACGUGCCGGCCGAUCAGGGCCCCUUCAUCAUUUGCACCAUCAAUCGAGCCUGCCAACUGUCCGAGAUGCAAAUGCAACUUCAGCACGGCUUCAAGAUCUUCUUGCUCACCAACAAAAUGGAUGGCGUCUCAGGGUUUAUGGGACGAUUCUUGAGGAGGAAGAGCAUUGAGACCGAGUUCCGGCAGGGACGGCCAUUGUCUCCGGAAAUGGCCGGUAUCGUCGCGUUCUUCCCGCUGGUGCUCGCGGCUGUUAAUGACUUUAUUGAAAGGUCGAACUCCGUGGACAUGACGGUCGGCCCCCGUCUCUUCCUCCAAUGCCCUCUCGACGUCGAUGAGAGCAGGGCGUGGUUCGUCCGAUUGUGGAACGAAUCCCUCGUGCCGUACAUGGUGAAGGUGUACCGCGAGGGGGUAAAGAUCCUCGGAAGAUCUGGGACUUUUGACGAUCCUCUCGACACCGUGUCCGAAGCCUGGCCCUGGGCCCACGGUCCCCCGGCUGAGCAACUGCUGCAGAGGUUGCCGAUUAAGGAAGCCCUUGCCCAGCCCAUGGCCCGUCAAGCAUUUUCGCCUCUCGACGCCCUGCUCAAGCUCCAAUCCAGGCCAUCGAUGCUCCAUGAGAAUCUU